AUGGACGCGAACUCGGACGACUCAUGGAGCGAGCGGCGCAGAAAGAAUGAACUCUCCGAAGCCUACAUACCGAAAGACCCACGCGACAACUCAACGCGCGACUCCAGUGGCCGUCUCGCGUACGCGCCGUGCAACUGCAGUAUCUGCUUCGACCUCGAGCAAGUUGCACAAUUGAUCGAAGGAAUUCAGUGCGACAAAUACUCGGACUCAUGGUGGGAUCUACACUGGGCACAGAUCGGUGUGUGGACUGGUCGGACGCAAAUGCACCAGAGGCACAUGCCGGAGUUGUACUUGACGGACACGCCAGUGGUCUUGCCUGAACCCGAUGCAGUUAUCACAGCCUCUGGAAGAAAUGUGCAAGAGCGGACCGAGCUGUCUCCAUGUGCAUGCGAGAAAUGCGAAACCUUGUUUCGAAGAUACCGCGAAGUACUGGAAGCCGACGGAGAUGGCGUGGACAGUGGCGAGCGAUUGUACGGUCUUCGUCUCAUUGUCGCGGCCCAAAUUCAGCUUCACCCUGACUAUCCGUUGACCUCUGAGACGGAAGGAAGCGUGCUCACUGAGCCUGUGUCAGCGAAUGACAGCGCAGCGUGGGAAGACUCUGAUGAUGCCGAGCCCCUCACAGUAAACGAUAUGGCAUCGUGGGAAGGCUCUGAUGGUGCCGCCAAUGAAGCCGAUCAACACGUCGAGGGCGUUCAUGCUAUCAGAUUGUUCCGUGGCGCUCAGCAGAGAACCCAAGAGUCUGGAACUACCGACAUGACACAUGUUAUGCACGGCGGACAUCACAACAAGUUCAUGGUCUGCGACCACUGCAUGGCACAUGGGCUGCCGUGCAAUGAAGCAUCUGUCUGCGACCAAUGCCAGCUUUUCGAGCAGCCUUGCAUCCACCGUUGGUGCCGCGACAGCCCAACGAGGAAGCUGUUGUGUCUGAACAAUGACUGUCGGUAUGCGCAUCGCGACAGUGUCGUUGCGCAGAAUGACGAUCCGAGAUGGAUAGUCCUGCCUGGUAAACUUCCGUUAUACUUGUCCAGAGCUCGUAUUGCAUCAAGAACUUUCGACAUCCGACGGCGUUUGGGUAUGCUGAGCGAUACGGAGAAGGAAGUCGCCCAGAUUACACUUGACAUCAAACAAGAAGAGGCGGUCGACGAGCUGCGAGCCAAUAUCGCAGCCGAGGAAGGCACUAUGCUUACCAUGCGCUUCUCCUGUUCUUGUCAAUUUGAGUCGUAUGACGACCAAGCACAGCAAGAUCUGGAGGUGACAUUUGGAGAACCACUUCCUCGCCUUUCGAACAACCCUCAGCUCGAUGAUCGCCUUGCAUACCUCAACGAAUUCAUUCCCACAGCCAUCGACAGCGAGCAGGCGUCGGACGUGACGACGGACAGCGGAGAUGAAGAUGAAGUCGAAGAUGAAGCGGAGACAAGCUCAAGCCAAAGCACUGAAAGCGGAGAUGAAGAGGAGGAUGAGGAAAAGCAGGACAUUGACGAUAAAGAUUUGGACCUUGACGAUGGUCGAGAUGAUACCGCCCGUCAACGCGCACCGCUUUGUCCAGAUUGCGGCAAGCGCAACGAUCACUACAGCGUCCCUCCUUGCAACCACCGCACCUGUAUCGAGUGUGCCCUCACGCUACGCCUGAGUCGCGGCGACCGCACAUGUAUUGAAUGUGGUGCUCAUGCAUACAUGGUCUGGUUUACGGCUUCGGAAGACAAGCUCUUCCACGAGAUGGAGGGUAUCCGCUCAGAAGAAGGACCCCAAGGAAUCGCCGCAGUCGACGGAGGCUUCGACAUCCUCUUCGAGAAUGCAGUGAUCAGGAAGGACACGAUUUGGCUGUUGGACCAGCUGCCAGACAUCCCGGUGUCGCGCCGGGACGAGACUGCCGCGUUCUGCUUAAGAUGA